AUGGCGGAUCCAACUUCUGAAUAUGUGACAUUAGUCUCAGAUGAUGACUAUGAGUUUGUCAUUCCCCGCAGUGCAGCCUGUAUCUCAGGUACUAUUCGAAGCAUGCUGGACCCCUCUCGUCCGAGUAAUUUCUCCGAGGGCCUUACUGGUCGCUGCAAGCUGGUCAACAUGUCUGGCCUCGUCCUCGAGAAGGUCUGUGAAUACUUCUGCUAUCAUGAAAAGCACAAAGACCAGACCAACGUGCCAGACAUGGACAUUCCACCUGAGCUAUGCUUAGAACUCUUGAUGGCGGCCGAUUACUUGGAUACUUGA